CUGUCGCCGCGCACGAGACAAAUGGAUUCAUAAUGAGAUGCCAGCGAUAAGGUAUCGCCGUACAUACCGUGGUGACUGCGUUCCUGGGAUGAAAACACAAGAGCGAGCCACAACACCUUUUCUUCGACGUGAAAAGCACAGACGAUCAGGGCACUGAGCUUUCAUCAUCAUCAAUGAUUUUCACUGCAGGUGGCGGUCACAGACGCGUUAAACGUUAAACUCUAUAACAUUCUAUCAAUCAACGUUGGAACUUCUACAAGAAACAUGUUUCACGUCGACGAAGCGUACUACUACAAACAUUACAAGGAGGAGAGAGCUGGCCAGUUGUUGGUCCUAGGAAAGGCUCUCAAACGAACAGACCUCGACGAAUUCUUCAAGAAGAAAGCUCCAGCGGCUAGCAAAUCUACCAAGAGCAAGACAAGACUUCCUUCUAUCGUCAAGUCGUUGAAUCUAGAGGAUAACCAAGAGGAAGAUGAGGAUGUUAUCGAGGAUUUGUUGACGGGGAGUUGGAAGAAGGAGAGCCUGACGAAACGCUUCCGUCGCCGCCGAGCGGUGCAGAGGAGGAGCCGGGUGGAAUCGUUGAACCAGAUGUUUGUAACGCACACCGGCAUCCUUAUACGGCCAUAUGAGAAAUUCAAGAGAAUCGCCCAAGCCGUCCGCAUAAUCACCAAGACAUGCAUUUCACUCAAAAGCUACAUCAGCGGAGGGGAGACGAAGGAAUGGUCGCUGGUAGAAAUGCAGCUGAACCUACAAAAGGACUUCAACCAGUCACUUUACUUCAACAGGGAUAUGUUCAGCAAGCUCAGAGUGACCAGAGGGAGUGAGAAGCUAAAGAAGAUUUUGGCCAUUCCUCCAACUGAUCGGACAAGAGAUCACAUACAAGUGCUGCUGGCUCUACUAAGACAUCACAAGUCGUUCCAGGACUACCCUACUCACACACAGAUUCUACUGUCUCAGAUCAUGAUAUAUCAGAAUUAUGAGGCGAGACGGAUCGUCCUGAAGCAGGGACACCGCCCGUUCUGUUUCUACAUCAUCCUGUCCGGCACCGUGCUCAUCAACGUGAAGGAGAAGGACGAACGGACGGGCAAGACCUUCGUCAGGACCGUACGGGAACUCAGCGGGGGCGAUGUGUUCGGGGAGACGGCCAUGAUGAGUGACAGUGUCCGCGGUACCACAGUGGUCUGUAAGGACGAGGUGGAACUACUGGUCAUAGAGAAGGAGGAUUUCAACACAAUCAUCAGGGAACCUCUAGAGAAACAGAGAGAAGAACAUAUACAGUAUGUCAGGGAUUUGCCAUUGUUUGAAGACUGGCCAGUAGAACUGCUGCGGAACGUCAACCACCAGUUUAUGUACCAGUUUUACAGAAAAGGAAACGUCGUUGUGAGAAACUGGAAAGAAAAUAACUACCUCGUCAUAGUCAAGUCGGGAUCGUGCCGUGUAGUUAGCGAAGUCAAAGAAGAAAUAAUGCGGCCUAAGACCACGUCACCGCGUACGCUGCCUUCCCUGGACCAACGGAUAAAGAGCAGUGGGAUGGGGAUCAGAUGUAAAAGUGUUCUCGGUUUGACAGGAUCACAGAAGAUCUCACCACGUCCAGACAGAAUGGUAGAGUUGAAGGUGUACAGAGAAGACAAGUCUGUUAGCCCUGACAUCUUCUCACAGUACGAAGAGCAGAAGAGACAAAGAAUACUAUCGAACCCACUAGAAGUGAUGGAACGUGCCAACAAGGACAUCUCACCCAGCUGGGUGCGGGGCAAGUCACGUGUGCAUCCGGGUGGACAGAAGCCUAAAAGUGGUCGAAGUCCGGACGGCAAGAGCAGUACUGUACAGCUGAACGUGAGUGACGGCACUGCCAGGGUUUGGAGGAGAAUAUCGUUUGGCGUCAAAACAUCAGAGGACAGAGCCAGACGAGAAGCUAUCGCCGAGGCACAGAAACAAUGGCGCUACAGAUAUGCUGAAGUAGCCACGUUAGAAGAGGGCUCUGUAUUUGGUCUGGAAACGUUGAUGCAGAAACCAAAAGUAAAGCUAAGCUUGAUCAGCGAUGACGCAGAAUGCAUCCUAUUGUCUAAACAGAUGUUUCUGAAAGAAGCUACGCCCAAGGUUCUUCGUUGUGUCAAUGACAUGUUGACACAGUACCCGUCUCUUGAGUUCGUUCGUCAGCAGUUACAACAGCAAAGGGCCUGGGUCGCCUACAAGUCCAGCAUAACACAGGACAUUAUCAACCGGAAAUGGCCUGGGGCCAGUCCACGGUGACGUCACUUCCGGAUCCUGUCUGACGCAAUACCGUCCAUAAAAUAGAGAUUUUUUAAAGUUUCGUUAUUCUGAAACUAAAAUGUGGUAAUGGUAUGCCACGUUUUUUUUUUAUACAGACGAUGAAAACGAUAUACCUGGCGAAAAAUCUAGGUAAUGUUAAUUUUGAUACUUUGCUCAACAAUGUUAUCGUCUAAAAGGAUUAUAAACAAUACAUUAUGAUUAAGGCCAUAAUGCAUUACAACAUGAACAAACUAUCCUACUUAGCAUGAAAGUUCAUCUGUGUUGGUAGAAUACAUUAUGGAACUGCUAAACUUUCUUUCCAACACGAAUUAAUAUAGGGACUUACCCUAAAUUUUCGGUCAACUCCGU